GCGCUUACUUUGCAAGAGUGUUGCAAGAGUAGCUGUCAUUGCGACUGAAUUUUGACAGCUGUUAAAUUUGUAUAGAUAUUAUAUCUAUACAAUUAUCGGUGUGAUAUAAUGGAUCGUUGUUACAAAUAUUAAUGGUAUGAACUAAUUCCGCUUAUUGUGAUAUUUAAGAUAUAAGAUUGCAACAAAGCUCUAUGAGAUAAAGAAAACAAUAAAGUUCACUUAUCAGACAAUAUAUAAAAUGUAAAAUGGGUUACUUGGCGUUUACUUAUUUCUACAUUAUCUAUGGCCAUGACUAUAAUACCUAUGCAUAUUACACAUAAAAUAUUUUGAUAAAAAAAACUUGCUCGAGUAUCCAUAUCCCUUUGGUUCACAGUGAUAGCCUGAUGUAUGCUCGACAUUUUUUUCUUUUAUAAGCGAAUUAAAAUUGGCAUAGAUGUUCAAAAGAAAUCUUCCCUCCCACGGGUACGACCUUGUCGUGGUGGGAGGGCUCAGUACCCCGAGGGCUUGAAUGCCUAUGGGGGAAGCUAACUGUACCCAUUGCACCUAUUACGUCGUCGAUCGUAAAAUUGUGGUUCGUCGCGCCGCGUUAACGUGGUUCGGGAGUGCCGACCGAUUGAAUUGAAAACGAACCGUAGCCGGCUCGUCGUGUCGCGCGUUUGCUUCGGGAGUGCCGUUCAAGUAAAUGGACUAAAAGGACUUUUCGCACAACUCCCAUUAGAAUGAUUUCUUAGUUCGAGAGAGACACCGGGGGUGGCACUUUCGAGGUCUCAACAGUACGUGGGAGUUAUAAACGUGGGGUAACGCAUUGGGAUGUCGCGCAAAAGUCUUUCUGACAAUUAAUUAGUCCUCGCGCGAUUGUAAUUUAAAAAAUCGCGAGUGUUUUUCGCGUGUGUUUUUCGCGAGUGUCUCGUGACAAGAAAGGACAGCCUGUUCUGAGAGGAGGAGGAGGUCCAGGAAGGGCAUCGGGCCCCGGCAGAGCAACCUUAGGGUGAGUAUGAUUAUUAUUUGCAUAGAAUUAAUAGUUUUCUUUCUAUUCUAGUUUUUCCUUGAUAAAUUAUAAAGAAGAUAAUGUCACGUAAAGUUUUACACAAUUUUAAUUUUAUAACCUUCUUUUCUUUCGAAAAAUAUUGAUUAUACGAUGAUUACAUAAAUAAUUGAAAAAAUAAAAAGUUUAACCCGUAACAAUUAUCUCUCAUCUGAUAUUAAUAGUUGCGAGCUCUGUUUUAAUUUGAAUUUAAUUUUGAAUUACUUAUAAUGAAUUACUUAAUAAACACAAGUACAGAGUUGUAAACCGUGUAUUUUUUUUCAAUAUUAAAUGUUCUUUCUGUCGUGCUUUAAUUUGGACUUUGCAUUUGUUUGUUACAGAAUCAUCGUAGCGACGUUGCUAAAUAUCUCUGCCGCUGCGCGUCGGUCGGAAGGCGCGGCGACACGGCGAUUCAGUACGGAACUACGAGUGCUCGACAAAGAUUAUAAAACGGGCGCGAACGAGGAAGAGGAGUCCGUUUCGGGAACCGGUGGGACUCAAACACGAAACCUGGGUCAAGGGUCGAGAAAAACCGAACAUCUGAACGAUGUGAGAGAAAUAUAUGGACGGACACCAAACGGAUUGGGUAGAUUCGGCGAAAUCACGAACACGUGGCGGGACGUGAAGCGGGCGUUAAGCCUGCUCUGCGUAAAGAAAUUUUCCGGCAGCGCGACAAUGCUGGAGGCGCCGCCGGGAAGUCGUGAAGACCUCGUAGAGGCGGCAAGAACUCCAUGUACACCCACCGAUCUGGACACGAUGCUGUACGGAUACACGAACAGCAUAUACGUGCUGGACCACACGCCUGAAUCCUUGCCGGACAUGGAUAUGCUGCAGCUGUUCGCAUCUCCGGCAGGUCGAGCGUUACUCACGAGCGACAAUCGACCGAGAGGAUCAACGUCGACCUCCUCUUUGUCUCGAGAGUCCUCGUCGAGGUUGAAGAGUAGCAGAAGACCAUCGGGCACCGGUACAGUCAGCGCGCCCACGUCGCCUCCAAGGCGGCGGAAGUCGAGCGCCGAGCUUUACAAGGAAGCUGUCGAGAUCCUCGGCCUCACUUGCUCACUGACCGACAGCUGUCGGUGCAUCGAUUGCCAGAGCAACUACUUCGAUUGCGACGACGAUUGUGCCGACGCCGGUACAGAAUUGGCUGCAGGCACUCCUAUUCUAUUGGACCACGCUCUAUCGCAUCAUCUGACUGUGUGUUCCAUACAGUAGCAAACGACCGGUAGACGAAGAUUUCGAAAAAAUCGGCUCUUUGUUAGCCCGCUCUGCCAUAUGUUUCAAAAGAAGAUGAUAACGUCAUUGGCACGGCCAUAUCUUCCGACAAUUGUACAACAUUCGCGUUAAAAACGGGAAAUAGCGAGACUAAAAGCAACCAGCGUGGCAAUGAUACUACAUAAAGAUCGAAUAUCGAGUAACAGGAAAAUUGAGUCGUUCGUUUUGCAUCCCGCGAGUCUUCACACAGAAUUUAUGUAAAUACAUAUUUUCUCUUGUCACACAAAUAAUUUAUCUGACAUUUCUUGUGCGAUUGGACAAUUAUUUACUCAACCGUAUUCAUCGGAUAAAUGCAGCUUCACACAUGAUACAUGAAUUAUUAUGCAAUAUAUCCGAACGCUUUCAUUUUAUAAUAAUACAGUGAUAAAUCAAUAAAUUAAUGAUAAUAUAAGCGAGAAGUAAGAGGCGCAACGACUCGCACGUUUGUAUCGUCAAAAAUUCGAAAACUGCGUUCAGAAACGAUGAUAAGGUACGGCUCAAAAAUUGGGACGAAUUUAAAUCAUGCCAAAACAGCGCCAAAAAAGUUUACUAUAGAAUAUCCUAAUUAGCUUGUGUAUCGCGUUCGUACCUUGUAAAGUCAUCCAUCGGAUAAAUGUAUCGGGGUAUCGUCUCGACAUGCGCAGUGUAUAUGAAGUCUGUAUACAUACAUGUACGUGUGUGUGUGUGUGUGUGUGUGUGUGUGUGUGUUGUGUGAGUGCAUGGAUAACAUACAUAUUAUAUUUACAUGUUUUAUUAUUAAUACUUACUUAAGUCUAGCGAAAUGCAAUUGUUGAGCAGUAAAAGUGUGCACAACUAAGCGGAAAGAUGCGAUGGAAAUAAUUUCGCACGAUGUUAUGUAUAGACUUUAUAUAUAUGUCAGGCAGUUGAAUAUGUGUUCGAUUAAGUUUUCUAAAGUAAACCCCCUCCUACUGAGAACUCGACGUUGAGUUAAGGAGAUGCGAGUAAUAAGACAGCGAAUAGGUUUUCUCAACCUGCAGAACGGCGCAAAAUUAAGAUACCCGGGAUUGUAAAACGAUAUCUUGGCGAAUUUUCUAUUUGUCGUUUAAAUGAGAUUUCCGUGAAAUAAUUAACAAUCAGAAGGUUGAGGAGACGUUCUCGUAACGUGUAAUUGUAAGCGAUGUAACGA